AUGAAAGUCAAUAAGAAUAGCUUGUUUGUUGAGAGACGACUCCCUCAAUUGCAAUUCUAUUGUCAUACAGAUCCUAGUACCUUUGGAUUCAUUGACCCAGACCUUAUUCUUCAAGGUGCUCAUCUAAUCCUACAAUUCUCCAAGGGUACUGUCUAA